AUGGAUAUCGCCCACCAAGUCCCAGAGCUUGUUCUCGCACAUGAGUUACGCUCUUGUGUUAACAAGAUGCCUCAGCUGAGCACCCAGUUUCUGCAGAAACACCGCGAACUGCGACUGGCCCACCUGGCCCUCAGUGUUAUGACCAUGGGAUAUGUUUGGCAGGAGAGUGAGAAUGACACUGUUGAGAUGCUUCCUUGUACUCUGGCUGUCCCAUUCUGGGAGGUGUCCCAACGCUUAGGACUUCCUCCGAUUAUCACCCACGCUGGUGUGGUCCUGGCUAAUUGGCGGAAGAAGGAUCCAGAGGGCCCUUUCGACAUGGAGAACUUGGAGCUGCUGCUUAGCAUACCCGGUGGUGAAAGUGUGCGGGGCUUCUUCAUUGUCACUCUAAUGGUGGAGAUAGCAGCGAUUCCUGCUCUGAGGAGCAUUCCCAAAGUGAUCAAUGGUGCCAGAUGCGGUGAUUCUAAAGCUGUGGCCACAGCCUUGGAGGAGAUCAGCCAAUCUAUAGAUAGCAUGGCUGUACGCCUCAAGCUAGUGCAAGUGCAUGUGGACCCGUCUGUCUUCUAUGGCAUCAUGAGGAUCUUCCUGUCUGGUUGGAAAGACAAUCCAUGUAUGCCAAAAGGUUUGGUUUAUGAGGGUGUCCAGACAGAACCAAUGGAGUACUCUGGUGGGAGCGCUGCACAAAGCAGCCUAUUGCACUGCUUUGAUGAACUUCUGGGAGUCAAACAUGAGGACAAAAGUGGCGCUUUUCUAACCCGCAUGAGGAACUACAUGUUACCUGCUCACAAACAACUGAUCCAGGACAUCUCGUUGCAACCCUCCCUGAGGACUUUUGUGCAGGAGCAGGCGAAUGAACACCUCACCGAGGCCUUUCAGGAAUGUGUAGCCAAACUGUUGGCUUUGCGAAGCUAUCACAUCACCAUCGUCACACGCUUUGUCACAAUUCCUGCCGCUAAGGCACGACAACUACGCAACCAAAGCCGGGACUCUGAGGCAGAGAUAAUCAGCAAGGCCCCCACAGCGCUGGAAGAACGGGGCACUGGAGGCACUGGCAUGAUGAGCUUCUUAAAGACUGUGAGGGAUCAAACAAGAGACGCCCUGCUGCCCAAGACAAGGAAAGAGAUGGAGCACCACAGCUGAUGUCGAGCACACCUAUCAUGCCGUGGGAGGAGUCACCAGGUCACGCCUGCAGCCAAUUAACUGGGACUACUUCAGCUCAUUGCCAGAUUGUUCCCUGCUUCAUGCCUGACUCCUGCUAUUUCUUGCCUUGUGUUGUUAUGGUGACCCUACUUUCUGGUCCACCUUAUUAUUGUCGUGAGUACGUGUACCUCUGUAACUACUCACUUACCUGCUUGGUUUCGUCUCCUUUUGUUCUAUUGCCCAGUUUUUCCAGCCCUGUGUUAGCUGUGAUUAGAAUGCACAAAAAAGAGAAAGACGUGUGUUCAUGUCUCACA